AUGGGUUUGUUUUCUGGGAUUUUUCUGGGGAUGUUAUUCGGCAUAUCAUUGAUGGCUGCGUGGCAACGCAUGAUGGCGUACCGUAGCGCCAAGAGAAUUGGAAAGGCAGUUGAUAUUAAACUCCUUGGGUCCCUUAACAGAGAAGAUUUAAAGAAAAUUUGUGGUGAUAAUUUUCCUGAUUGGAUAUCUUUUCCUGUCUAUGAGCAGGUAAAAUGGCUAAACAAGCAGCUGUCCAAACUUUGGCCAUUUGUUGCAGAUGCAGCAACUUUGGUGAUAAGAGAAUCUGUUGAACCCCUAUUGGAAGAGUACAGACCUCCUGGAAUUACUUCAUUGAAGUUCAGCAAGCUGUCCCUUGGAAAUGUUGCUCCAAAAAUUGAAGGUAUUCGUGUUCAGAGUCUGAAGAAAGGUCAAAUCAUUAUGGACAUUGAUUUUCGUUGGGGUGGUGAUCCCAAUAUUGUUUUGGCUGUUGAAGCUGCACUCGUUGCAUCAAUCCCUAUUCAGUUGAAAGAUCUCCAGGUUUUCACCAUUAUUCGUGUCAUAUUCCAACUCGCUGAUGAGAUUCCUUGCAUUUCAGCUGUUGUUGUUGCCCUACUUGCUGAGCCAAAGCCUAGAAUUGAUUACACAUUGAAGGCUGUUGGUGGAAGUUUGACAGCACUUCCUGGAAUUUCAGAUAUGAUUGAUGAUACUGUGAACUCAAUUGUUUCCGACAUGCUCCAAUGGCCUCAUAGGAUUGUUGUACCUCUUGGAGGUAUACCUGUUGAUACUAGUGAACUAGAGCUUAAACCCCAGGGAACGCUUAGAGUGAAUGUCAUGAAAGCCAAUGAUCUAAAGAAUAUGGAAAUUAUUGGCAAGUCUGAUCCUUAUGCAGUGUUGCAUAUUCGACCACUGUUUAAAGUCAAAACUAAGGUUAUUGAUAACAACUUGAAUCCUGUUUGGAAUGAGGUAUUUGACUUGAUUGCAGAAGACAAGGAGACCCAGUCACUCAUUGUUGAGGUUUUUGAUAAAGACAUUGGGCAAGAUAAGCGAUUGGGAAUAGCAAAAUUACCACUUAUUAAUCUGGAAGCAGAAAUUGAAAAGGAGUUUGAGUUGAGGCUGUUGCCAUCACUUGAUACACUGAAAGUGAAAGACAAAAAGGAUCGAGGAACCUUGAAAAUAAAGGUCUUUUAUCACGAAUUUGACAAGAAAGAACAAUUGGUUGCACUAGAGGCAGAGAAAAAGAUACUAGAAGAAAGGAAGAAACUUAAAGAGGAGGGAGUUAUAGGAAGUACCAUGGAUGCGCUAGAUGGAGCAGCAUCGGUAGUUGGGUCCGGUGUUGGACUUGUGGGAAGUGGAAUUGGUGCUGGAGCUGGACUUGUGGGGAGUGGAAUUGGUGCUGGAGUUGGACUUGUGGGGAGUGGAAUUGGCGCUGGAGCUGGACUUGUGGGGAGUGGACUUGGUGCAGGGGCUGGACUUGUAGGGAGUGGAAUUGGUAGUGGAGCUGGGGCUAUUGGCAGUGGCCUCGGUGCUGUUGGCAGUGGACUGACCAAAGCAGGGAAGUUUAUGGGAAGGACGAUUACCGGACAAGGGCCAUCCAGAAAGAGUGGUUCAACUACUCCUGUCAAUGUGGAGGAGGCUGGUGGUGGUGCAAAACCUCUGCUGCAGUAA